AUUUAGUGAAUAACAUCCACUACUGUUGCAAUAUGGAGGGCCAUCGUGGAAGUAUCAAGUUUAGGCCAAUUAAGUCCAACUUGGUCAAUCUUCCGGCCAAUUUGUCCAAUUUGCUCUACACUGCUAAUAUCCAAAUUCAGGAUGUCAUCAUAGAAAUCGUAUCCAAUGCUACAAAGAAGAAGCUGUAUGCUGGCUGGACUGGUAUGCUGUCUGCUGUUGUCCAGACUGUUGAGAUCGACCCUGUUUUUGCAGGAGCUCUUGGCUUGAAGGACGACGAGAAAAUCACCCUCAACUUGAAGAUCGGCAACUUUGAAGCAGGUAACAUCAACUUGGAGCCGGUAACGAGUUCUGAUUGGGAACUUGUAGAGCUUCAUGCUCAGGCCAUAGAAGACACAUUAUUGCUGCAAACUAGAUGUGUUUCUGUGGGCCAGAUUUUGGUCGUGUAUCCUAAUCAGACGACUUCAGCAAAGUUGGUAGUUGUCGAUAUCGGUUCUAAGGACCAUGUAUACGCUAAGAUUUCGCCUUAUUGUGAGAUAGCGAUUGCUCCAAAAGUAAGAGAAAAGAAAGAAACCGUAAAAUCGCUGAAGAAUUUGAGUAGCUCUAAGUCGAAUGGAGCUGCAUCUCGUGAAGACUACUCUUCUAUGCCUGUAGCUCUCAAGAGGGGAAUUUCUCUUCCUCAUAACUUGUUUUCUGAUACUCAAAAUAGGGGCUACGAAGUGUAUGCCAAUCUCAGUGAAUUUAACCCGACUGUUGUCAGCGACUAUGUUGCUAUCUCGGUUAUUCCUGGUCCUAACGAUAAGCUACUGAAAGCCGCUCCUCAGAGUACAGACGAUUCUGAUAACCGAGUAGCUUCUUUGAGAGAGAAUAAGCGCGUCAUAGCUCGCCUAGUUGACUUUCCAUCCAGUCCCGCCAAUAACGUGGGACUUUCAACCAAGUUGGCCAUAGCCUUGAACAUCGAGGGCCAGAUUGGAAACAUCAUAGCCAUAAAGCCUGCUGUAAAAAAUCUUCCCAAAAGACCUACUACUUUCAUUGUACAUCCAUAUAUUACACAAACGAAGAAAUCAGGAGAAAUAAGCAUCAACACGACAGAGAAACUGGAGUUGCAAACUAGGGCAAAGCUGUUGUCAGAGUACUUGUAUAACGAAGGAGCUAUUUAUAGUUCUUCUGCAACGAACUACACCAAGAUCCCCAUAAUUCCCAAGCUAUUACCCAAUGGUGGGCUCUUAAAGUUCAGAAAAAAUGACGACAUCAAUGCCUGGAUCAAACCAUAUAACAUCGAAUCCAAGAAGCCUAUCAAAAUUGAACUUGGUGAAGAGUUGUUGCGUGCUGGUAGUUUUGUCCAACAAGACCAGAAGGAAGAAGAGCUAGAAGUAAUUGGCUUAGAUGGAGUCAUAGACGAAAUUAUCGAGUCUUUUACCACAUCUAAGAAUACAGGAACCUUGGUUUAUGGUAACUCUGGCAGUGGAAAAUCACUUGUGCUCAAGUUGGCGAGCAGGAAGAUUGCGGCCGAACAUGGGUUCUAUACGAAAUACGUCUCUUGUGAUUCGCUUAUGAAUGAGAGCUUCAAUCUGUUAUCCAAAAACCACAUUUUCAAGUGGUUGCAACAAUGCUCGUGGAAUAAGCCUUCGUUGUUAAUCUUGGACAAUGUAGACAAGAUUCUCAGUGUUGAAAGGGAACACUUGGACGCUUCCAAGUCUAAUCAACUAACCGAAUACUUGAUUUCCAACUUAGAAAAGAUUCACAAUCAGCAUAACAGUAAUUUGUCGAUAUUACUUUCUGCUUCUUCAAAGGAAGCCAUCAAUAAAUUAUUGAUGCAAUGUCAUCUUAUAGAAAACUUCCACCACUUGAGCCCCCCCGACAAGGCACUCAGAUUAGAUAUCCUAGACAACUACAUUGUCAACAAGCUUGGAUGUAAGAUCGACUUUGAUCUAAUGGACUUGGUAACCGAAACCGAAGGCUACUUGCCCAACGAUCUCAAGAUCUUGAGUGACAGAAUCUACCAUGAAGUACUUUUUUCUUCUCAAGAUCCUUCGGCAGAGUUGACGGUGACUAAACAGCACAUUGAAAAGUCUAUCCAAGGAUAUACUCCUUCCAAUUUGCGUGGUGUCAAGUUACAGAAAUCGACUAUUAGCUGGUCUGAUAUUGGAGGCUUGAAAGAGGCUAAGAACAUCUUGUUGGAGACUCUUGAAUGGCCAACAAAGUAUGCGCCAAUCUUUGCUAACUGUCCGUUACGUUUACGUUCUGGUAUCUUACUCUAUGGCUAUCCUGGUUGCGGUAAGACCUUACUUGCUAGUGCCAUUGCUGGUCAGUGUGGGUUGAAUUUCAUUUCCAUUAAAGGUCCAGAAAUCUUGAAUAAGUAUAUUGGUGCUUCAGAACAGUCUGUUCGUGAGCUCUUUGAACGAGCACAGGCUGCAAAGCCAUGUAUUUUGUUCUUUGACGAAUUCGACUCUAUUGCACCCAAGAGAGGCCACGAUUCUACUGGUGUUACCGAUAGAGUUGUUAACCAGAUGUUGACUCAGAUGGAUGGUGCUGAAGGUCUCGAUGGUGUUUACGUCUUGGCCGCGACUUCCAGACCGGACUUGAUCGAUUCUGCGUUGUUAAGACCUGGUAGAUUGGACAAAAGUGUCAUUUGUGACAUGCCGGACUACGACGACAGAUUGGAUAUCUUGAAGAGUAUUACUGAUAAAAUGGACUUGGCUGACGAUGUCAAUUUGGAAGAAAUCGCUGAGAAGACUUCAGGCUUUUCAGGUGCUGAUAUGCAAGGUUUGGGGUACAACGCCUACUUGAAGGGUGUCCACGUUAAGUUGGCCAAGUUGGAACAGGAAAACAGUGAACCUAUCAAGUCUUCUGACAAUCAGGACACAAUAGAGUUUUUCCAAGUAAACUCUGAGAAGUUAAAGAAUGCUAAGUUGAGACCAGCUGAUCGAAUCAAGCUCUUGAACCAGAUACAGCAAUUGUUCACAAAAGAAGAACAAAAUGAAGCUGCUUCUUCAAAGAAGGCUCAGGACGAUUCAAAAGUCUAUAUAACUCAUGAGAAUUUCAGAGAAUCGUUAGUAGAAACAAAACCCUCGAUUUCGUAUUCUGAAAAGAGAAAGCUUGAACGAAUCUAUAGUCAGUUUGUCUCUGCUCGAGAUGGCAAUAUGCCCGAUGGCAGCGCCAGUAACGAAAUCGGAGGACGAACCACUUUAAUGUGA